AUGAUCACGGAACUAGAUAAAGGUGAAGAAAACGAUGUUUGUUUAGCUCGAGGUGAUUUCGAAGAUGGAUACAUGAAAGGGUACAAAGAUGCGAAUAAGCUUGGAUCAGCAACUGCUGCUAGAAGGAGAAUGGAUGAUGAUUACGGUAGCAGAGAUGAUCGCUUCCAUGAAGGCUAUGUGAAGGGUCUCAAGGAUGCUGGAAUGACUGGCAUGUCAACAUCUAUGCACAACUUGGCCCAACGAGGAGCCGGCGGUGGCUAUUCGAGUGGAUUCAUGCAGGGAUACAAGGUAAAUGUGUGGGAGGGAACUAAUCUAACUUGUGACAAAUGUGAGACGGGUAUCAAAUAA